CUGUCUUCUUCUCUCCUGGGUUUUCCCGUCGAGAGGAAAAGGAAGCUGGAAGAACACUCGUCCCGGCGCCGCGACGGGAAAAAGGAGAAGCGGGGGAGAGACGUCGACGAUGCAGGUGAAGCAGAGCGUCUUCGGGCUCUACAAGGGCACGGUGGAGCGGGUGACGGCCCCGCGCACCGCCUCCGCGUUCCUCGAAAAGGGCGUCCUCUCCGUCCCAGAGUUCGUCCUCGCCGGCGACAACCUCGUCGCCAAGAUCAAACACAUCGUCGCCAAGUUCCCCACCUGGUCCUGGUGCGCGGGCGAUCCGAGCAAGAGGAAGCCGUAUCUCCCCGCCGACAAGCAGUUCCUCGUCACCCGCAAUGUGCCUUGUUUAAGACGUGCCAUCUCGGUCGAGGGACAGUAUGAUGCAGCAGGAGCCGAGGUGGUUGUCGAGGAUGAUCAGGACGGCGAAGGCUGGCUUGCAACACAUGGGGUGCAAGCAUCAAAGCCCGAAGAGGAGGAAGACAUACCUGACAUGGAUACAUUUGGCAUGGGAAGAUCUGAUGGAAUAAAGUCGUCUAUCCCUUCUUACUUCAGCGGCGGUAAGGAGGAAGAGGAGGAGGAAGAUAUACCUGACAUGGACAACUAUAAAGACACACGGGCAGACAAUUUGGCUGCUGCUGAGCGAUCAUGCAUUGUUGCAGAAGAACCGGAAGAUGACAACAUCCUUCGUACCAGAACAUAUGAUGUUAGCAUAACGUAUGACAAAUACUACCAAACUCCACGUGUCUGGCUGACUGGAUAUGAUGAGUCAAGAAUGCCACUAAAGCCUGAUCUUGUGUUUGAAGAUAUCAGCCAAGACCAUGCACGGAAAACACUAAGAAACUACAUUGUAAUGAUGCAUGUGACUCUUGAAGACCAUCCUCACUUAUUGGCUGGAAAGCAUGCCUCUGUGCACCCAUGCAGACAUGCAGCUGUGAUGAAACACAUGGUAAUAAAUGAGAACGAGGGAGUGCAACCAGAAGUUGACAUGUACCUUGUCAUAUUUUUGAAAUUCAUAGCCACUGUCAUACCAACUAUCGAGUGUGAUAGCACAAUGGUGGUUGACCUUGGCAGUACAAGCUGAUUACUGGUUACUUGAAGUUAAGCAUGAAGUUCUUAACAUCUGACAUUUU